AUUCGCCAUCUUGAAUUUAGUUAAAGUUGCAGACAGCCAUCUACACAGUCGCCUCAACAAACACAAAACAACCAAGAUAUGAGCGGCUCUAACUCUCGAAACAAGACUGCAGCCACAGUCAAAGGACCGGACACCGAUAUCGGCCCAGCUGCAAAUUCCAGGGAGCGAAAGUCCGGUGGAGGUGUGCUGAAGAGACUCAAAUCGCGACGAAAUCAAACCGAUAAACUGCGGCCUGUUGUUACAGAAGACGAGCUAAGGGCGCUAGGAAGACACAUCACACCGGACGAAGUCCUUGGUCUGCGUGUUGUUACACGGGAUUAUCUAUGUAAACCUGAGGACAAUGUCUACAAUAUUGACUUCACACGUUUCAAGAUUAGAGAUCUGGAGACUGGGACAGUGCUCUUUGAGAUUGCUAAACCUCACAACUGUGACCCUGAAGAUGAAGAAGAGAAUGGAGACGUAGACACCAGUGCUGGGCGCUUUGUGCGGUAUCAGUUUACGCCGGCCUUCCUCAGACUGCGGACUGUUGGUGCAACUGUUGAGUUCACCGUGGGGGACCGGCCUGUUAACAGCUUUCGCAUGAUAGAGAGGCAUUAUUUCCAGGAUAAAGUUCUCAAGAACUUUGACUUUGACUUUGGAUUCUGCAUCCCAAACAGCCGCAACACUUGCGAACACAUCUAUGAGUUUCCCCAGCUCCCUGAGGACCUCAUUCGCCUAAUGGUGGAGCACCCGUAUGAGACCAGGUCAGACAGCUUCUACUUUGUGGACAACAAACUGAUCAUGCACAAUAAGGCAGACUACGCCUACGAUGGGGGCGAGUAGUGCCUGAAUAUUAACGUCUUGUGUGCAAUGCAACGCAGGGGUCACAUUGCCCCUGAACACAACAACCAUAUAGCCCUUUUGGGAACAGGAGUGUACUUCCUCCACUUCAGACAUUCCAACAAACUUUACCAGUCCCAGGUUUGGGAAAACAGGACCAUAUCUGCCUUCAAAACAAGUUACUUCAUUUAUUUGAUACCUCGUACCCCUCUGUUGCUGGGACUCAUAGGAAACUCUUGUCAAUCACUCUUUUGUAAUGUUGAACACGUUUUUCUUUUAAUCUUUUCAAAAUUUUCACGUUUAAAUGGUUAAUUUAAUACAUAUUAUUUUAAUCUGCCUUGAGUUAGUUCAGUAUUUGUUGCAAUAUCCUUGUUUUUGAGUUGGACUGCAUUUAGGCAUGUCUUGUGGGUUUGUGUAACUCUUAUCAGUCUAAUGAUCUAAUACACUCAUUCAAAUUGAAUAAUAUUAGUUUCAAUUUCUCUAACAUUUUUCGGGGUCGCCAUCUCCCUGGUGAAAGGCCACUCUGUUACCAGACAGCUCUGCAGAGGGAAUCGGGAACUUUACAUGAUCCCAAACUGAAUGUUGAAUACUGAACAUUUUUAGCCCGUAAGAUGAAAACUGGUUGAAGUUGAGCAUGUUUUAUGUUAUUUUGUACACACAACAAUAGUUGACAGAUGGCACAAUUGGAUGGCAAGCCAAUUCCAACUGUUUGAUACUAUCUAAUUUGAUUGAACAAUAGUAAAUACAGUUUUGCUACUCAUUGUGCUCUAGUAACAAUCAUUAUCCUUUGCUGUGUCUUCCCUCCUUAGAUAGUGGGCUAAAUAUUCAGCUUUGAGACUAACAAAUGCUCCAUGACUUUGAAAUCUUGCCUUGAUAGAAGCUGUAUUAUUCAUAUUGGGUGUCCCAUUUCACCUCUCUAGCUGUAUAUACAACCAAUAAUCCCUGUUGACUGAGACAAAUUUGCAUUAACUGCCUUUGGUAGUAAGUGACAGACAACACCCCUGGUCUUUUAAGUUGUUAGCAUGUGUGACAGUGCUGUAAAUGUACUUGUAGGGUGUUUGUGCCUGCUGGAGUGAUACUGAGUCUCCCAAUACUAAAUUAAAUCUCCCCCAUGGGCUUUGUAUUCA